AUGUCGGCUCCCUACAAGAAGAAGAACACCCACAAUGUGCCCUGUUUCUACUUCAAGCGCGGCGCCUGCACGAAUCAGCGCUGCCCGUACCUGCACGUGCGUGGGAAGGAGGCGGGCGGGAAGGCAGCCGCGGUGGACGCGGCGGUCACCAGCAACGGCUCACCGGAUGCGGCGACAAACCUGCUCUCGACGAUGCUGAGGCUGGUCUUCGAGAAGCAGCAGCUGCGCGUGUAUGACGCGACCUCGGGGAUGUUGGACCUGAGCGAGCUGAGGAAGCUGCCAGACCUGAAGGACGUUUCAAACUCCAUUAACUUUAACACGCAGAACUUCUGCCGCGCCCUCUGUUCGACGAUCAAGUCACUCAUUGUCCCGCCCCCCUCUGCCAUGCAGCUAAAGGGAAAUGACAUCGCGUCCCUUUUUCACCUGGCGGGACAGAUGGAGAAGGCGGAUUUGCACAUGUCGCUGCGGGCCCUUUCGCUCGAGGCAAAUAAUAUAAAGACAAUGGAUGCGUUGCAUGAACUUAAAAAGUUCACAAAUUUGCAGGAGUUGGUGCUUGUGGGUAACCCUGUGGCAAAGCGUGAUGGCUACCGCGCGGAGGUGAAGAAGGCAAUGCCGUUUCUCCUUGGGCUCGACGGGGAGGCCAUCACGGUGCCGCCGCUGUUGUUGCCGUGGCCACGAUUUACCACCUCCGCCGAGUACACCGAGGCACAGCGGCACGUGCUUCAGUUUGUCCAAUGCUCACUGCUGAAUCCGCUUGAGGCGGGGGAGGCAGCGGGGGUCGCGCGGGGUGUGGAUGCGGUCUCGGAUGUUUAUGCGCAGAACGCCACGUUCACCAUCUCCCUCUCGUCGCCGGAGGCUGCGGUGAGUUCGCCGGCGCGAACCGUCAACGGUGCCUCAUUAGCAGCCACGCAGCGCAACGUCAUUCGCGAAAUCGUCGGGCUCCGGCUAAAGCAGACAGAGAGCAAUCACAACCUGCUGCACGGGGUGAAGUCAAGCGUUGUGGCGAGUGGGCGCACAAAGGUCUGCUCACAGCUGGAGCACUGGCUGUACCCCAAAAACUUUGCUGUCCAACACUUCGUGCACGGCAGUGCAGGCGCCUCGUUCCUGGACAACACGUACCUGUCUGGGGCCGCGCCUGUGGGGAUGAAGGUGCCGGUGACGGUGGUGACGCUGCAUGGCAUGAUGGCCUGGACCCACCUCGGACCGCAAAGCCAGACCAACUCCGAUCGCGUAGUCAUGUAUCGCAACUUCACACGUGUGCUUACCGUUCAGCAAAAUGAGGCUGGUCGUUGGUUGGUGACGAACGACAUGGUGUCACUCUACCCAUUUUCGGGGAAGACGGCGGGUGCAUCCAAUAAGGCAGGGGCUAACGCUAACACAGCAGCUGAUGUGAGUGAGUGCCGUAUCCUGUUUAGCCCCAGAACCGAUCGCAGUCGUGCUGAGUUAAUUGGCAGGAAAAAAGAUGUGCCGGCGGAGGUGGUUUUAGCACUGAGCCAACAUGUGAGCAAUGAUGCAGAGCUAAUGACGGUGCUCGACGACAUUGGCGGGGUACCCCUGAGCAUGUAUGAGCACUGCGCCACACUGACAGGGGAGAACAUACUGGAGAGUAUUCAACUUUGCCGCAUAGGUAACCGCUUCGGGUUGGCUCCACCGGAAGGCUUGGAACUGCUGCGCCGGGUGGGCGGAAAUUGGUGCGCCGUAGAGGAGGCAAUGAGCACCGCUGCGGGAGUCACGCCACUAGCGUCGUAG